AACAUGUCUGUGAAGUACACCUUGCGUAGAAUACUGGACUGCAAGACGCUAUGGAUGGCAAUACUUGUGCCACUGCUUGUGUUGCCGUUGCCGCUAAUGUACCCAAAUAGCGUUGCACGAUGUGGGUACUGCGUAAUAGUAAUUGGAACUUUCUGGGUGACGGAAAUCAUUCCCUUGGCAGUGACAUCACUUCUUCCAAUUGUCCUCUUUCCCUUGUUUGGUAUAGAGGAUGCCACCACGGUCUGUGCCAGCUAUUCAAAGGACACGUUGAUGUUGUUCAUGGGAAGCCUCAUUCUGGCUGUGGCAGUCGAACGCUGGAACUUACAUCGACGUCUAGCGUUACGGACCUUGACCUUGGUUGGCCCCGAGCCUCUUUGGCUGAUGCUUGGCAUCAUGCUGCCGUGUUGGUUCCUGUCCAUGUGGAUGAGCAACACCGCCACCGCUGCCAUGAUGAUGCCCAUCGUCGGCGCCAUCUUGGAACAGAUCAAAACGGCCAAACGCGCAGAGGCGCCGGAAGAAGAAAUAAAACUAGAGAUCAUCGUAAACCCACCAGACGAGAAGAACAGUUCAGGUGAAGCAACGAAGGAAGCAGAAAAAAUAGACAUCCACAAGGAAGACGCUGAGUUCCAGACUCUAGCCAAGUCGUUUUCUCUGUGCACGGCGUUUGCCGCCAACAUUGGAGGGAUGGCCACCCUGACCGGAACACCCCCCAAUAUCAUCCUUAAGGGCCAGGCAGACAUUUUAUACAAGAAGUACGGCGCUCCUGGCGCCAACAUCAACUUCGCCAACUGGCUGAUAAUGGGAGUGCCCCUCUCCGGCGUGUGUUUCAUCGUCUGCUGGCUCUGGCUCUACAUCUACACAGUCAGGUCAAAAUGUCUGCAGUGCUGUAAGAAGAACAAGAAGUCGUAUGAAGGUGUGAGGUCUGCACUGGAAAGAGAAUACAAGAACAUGGGUUCUAUGUCAUUUGCAGAAGUCAUCGUUCUCAUUAAUUUCAUUAUUUUAGCUUUUCUGUGGAUCACAAGAAAACCUGGUUUCAUACCCGGCUGGAGUAGUCUGUUUGCACCAGGGUUCACUUCCGAUUCAACCUGUGCUAUUUUGAUAUCAGUUCUUAUGUUUAUUCUUCCUGCCCGGCCAAUAUCAUGGAGAGGAUCAUCAAGGAAAGACCUGAUCGCCGGUGCAUUCAACCACUAUGAACCUAUUCUAAACUGGAAGAUUGUCAACGACAAACUGUCUUGGGGCGUCCUGCUUCUAAUGGGAGGAGGCUUCGCACUGGCAGACGCAUGUCAGACAUCUGGUCUGUCUGCGUGGGUGAGCGGCUACCUGUCAUCACUGGAGAGUAUGCCGGACUGGGCCAUUGCCAUGGUGCUGUCGCUGGCCAUUGCCGGGGCCACUGAGGUGACCAGCAACUCAGCCACUGCUACGCUGUUCCUGCCAAUCACCGGAGAACUGGCGGUGCAACUGGGCGUAAAUCCACUGUAUUUUAUGAUUCCAUGUGCUAUAUCGGCUUCGUUAGCAUUCUUGUUGCCAGUGGCAACACCUCCAAAUGCCAUAGCAUUUGCUACGGGCUAUUUAGAAGUGAAAGAUAUGGUUCUUUCUGGACUUCCAAUCAACAUCUUUGCAAUUAUUGCCUUGAACGUUGCACUCAACAGUUAUGGUGUGCCCAUCUAUAACCUGAACCAGCUACCGGCCAUAUUCAACAAAAACCUGACGACAACGACCCCUGCAUUGCCUCUUAACGUCGUGCUACUGAACGCUACUAAUAUGCCGUGACAGUCUGUUCGGAAACACCGCUGUGUCGUGCGAAUCACAAGAAAAAGGCGCCGGUUAACUCAAAUUCGACACAAACGCCCAACACAAUGUCUACCAAAAACGUACACACAUACACAUUUGUGCACGCACAUAAACCAUACACACAAAUUACAUAUAUUAAAGGCUUUUGACAACACUCAUGUGCACGCACAUAAACCGUACACACAAAUUACAUAUAUUAAAGGCUUUUGACAACACUCAUGUGCACGCACAUAAACCGUACACACAAAUUACAUAUAUUAAAGGCUUUUGACAACACUCAUGUGCACGCACAUAAACCGUACACACAAAUUACAUAUAUUAAAGGCUUUUGACAACACUCAUGUGUACGCACAUAAACCAUACACACAAAUUACAUAUAUUAAAGGCUUUUGACAACACUCAUGUGUACGCACAUAAACCAUACACACAAAUUACAUAUAUUAAAGGCUUUUGACAACACUCAUGUGUACGCACAUAAACCAUACACACAAAUUACAUAUAUUAAAGUCUUUUUACAACACUCAUGUGUACGCACAUAAACCAUACACACAAAUUACAUAUUUUUAAAAGUUUUUUGACAACAUUAAAAACCAAGAAACGGAAACAGGGAAACGUGCACAAAUAUUAUUGGGAAUUAUUGUCGAUUUAUACAUUUCCAGUAUUAAACUGCAACAAAAGCUUUGUAAUUUAUUCAAAUGAAACCUGAAUAAAUUAUAGGUGUCAUAAGAGUUUAUUUGUGACACGGUCAAUAUUGAUGAAAUGCUUAAACUCAACCAAAUCUUCUAGGACAAAAUGGUGACUUGAAAACCGUUACAAAAGCAACACAGACAUCGCCACCAUCAACCCUUACAAAAACAACAUAAACACCACCACCGACAAUAACAGCAACAAUUUAUUCCGUAUUAAGUGACAUAAAAUGUUUCCCUUAAACGUACAGAUUUGAGCCAAAACGUAUGAAUUCCGAGGUGUUGCCUAUUCAGUUAUCAAUCGUUUUGCCUCUCUCCGUUUUCUGUCUUGGUCACAAGCUUUGGUCUAGACUAGGACCCGAGCUUAUAAAACUUUAAGAGUCUAGACUCAAAUCUCUAAUGACGUCACACGUGUGAAUUCCAAGGUGUUGCCUAUUCAGCUAUCCAUCGUUUUGCCUCUCUCCGUUUUCUGUCUUGGACACAAGCUUUGGUCUAGAUUAGGGCCCGAGCUUAUAAAACUUUUAAGAGUCUAGACUCAAAUCUCUAAUGACGUCACACGCAUGCAAUUUGUGUGGCGCUGCCAUGGCAAUAACCUCAGACUCUAUUAGAGUGUUGAGUUUAGACUCUAAACUUUUUCUAAGCAUCAGGCCAGAACUUGUGUCCACAACAUGCGUGCUUUAUGACAAGUAGUUGUGAACAAGCACGUUAAAAUAAAUUUUCAUUUCUGGACUUUAAUUCAUUCCUUUAUACUUGUAUUUUGAAUACAUUUGCAUAUAUGCGUUUUUAUAAUGUACAUGUAUUCUGAAUGCACGUACAUGUGUUUACAUAAAGACAGGUCAUCAUUUCCAUUAUGUAUUUUGAAGACAUUUGCAUGUUUCAAAACAAAUCUUCGUUUUCAUUAUGAAAGCGAAAUAUUUUACUGUCUGUUAACAGAUACGGUUUGUGAAUUAUUAUUUUUUUAAAGAUUUGUUUUAUUUUUGUUAUAAAUUUAACGAAUAUUAGUGGUGGAUACAGGGUUUUGUGUAAGGGAGUGGGUCGUGCUGAGUGAAAUCUGGUUAACAUUUAGAUGGGGCGACUCCCUCUACCCGACCGGUCUCGGUGGCGUCGUGGCAGGCCAUCGGUCUACAGGCUGGUAGGUACUGGGUUCGGAUCCCAGUCGAGGCAUGGGAUUUUUUAUC